AUGGAUGUUCCGGCAGUGAACGAGAGUUGGCCAACUAACCCAGUCAAAAAUGGGAUAUCUUUCUCCCACACGUUGCAUAGUGAGAAUGGCAGGGCUAUCUCUCAAGGAAGCACCGAAAGGGGACACAAUAGCCCUUCUUUGAAUGGAAUCGGAAUUCAUUCCACUAUCCACGGCUUUCCUGAAAAGCUGCAGGCUCCUUCUACUCCACAUUUGGUUCCUGAGGAUGUACCCAAACCCGCCGGACAAUUACUAUGGACCAAAAUACGGACCAAAUUCCGCGAACCUUUUGCUGAAUUCUUUGGGGUAUUUAUCAUGAUUCUCUUUGGCGAUGGUGUUGUUGCCCAGGUCGUCCUAAGUGAAUCAAAGAAAGGAGACUAUCAAUCGAUAUCGUGGGGUUGGGGCCUCGGAGUCAUGCUGGGCGUUUAUUGUUCUGGAGGGAUAUCUGGAGGUCAUCUCAACCCCGCGGUAACCUUCGCAAACUGCGUCUUUCGGAAGUUUCCUUGGAGGAAAUUCCCUAUCUACAUGUUAGCUCAGCUCCUUGGAGCAUUCUGCGCAGCCGGCAUUGUUUAUGCAAACUACAAAUCUGCUAUUACCAUCUUCGAAGGCGGACCCGACAUCCGAACCGUGGGAUUGGACACCUCCACAGCCGGCAUAUUUUGUACAUACCCGGCUCCAUUUCUGACUAAAACUGGUCAAUUCUUUUCAGAAUUCAUUGCUAGCACGAUUCUGAUGUUUUGCAUCUACGCGAUGGCCGAUGAUAAGAACUUUGGUGCGGGAAAGUUAAUGCCCCUUGGGCUGUUCUUCCUCAUAUUUGGCAUUGGUGCUUGCUUCGGAUGGGAAACUGGGUAUGCGAUCAAUCUUGCUCGUGAUUUUGGGCCUCGAUUGAUGUCCUAUUUCCUGGGAUAUGGACAUGAAGUAUGGUCUGCUGGAGGAUAUUAUUUCUGGGUUCCAAUGGUCGCUCCGUUCUUUGGCUGUUUAUUUGGUGGCUUCCUAUAUGACGUAUUCUUGUACACCGGCGAAAGCCCUAUCAAUACUCCGUGGAUGGGACUGGACCGUUUUAUAAGACCCAAUCGGGAAGUCUGGUCAAAUACCAAAUCUGUUGACCGACAAGUGUGA